ACAAACCGAAUUUCACCCUUUUUUUCCCUAACAAAAUAAAAACAAGAUCUCUGAAAACCUAGCUUCGUCCUCGUCUUAAGGCCUCUUCCCUCACUCAGCAGCGCCUCCCCUCCCCCUUUCCAAAGCAGCAGUACCAGUUUCACCAGCAAUGGGUAUCGACUUGGUCGCCGGCGGCAAGAGCAAGAAGUCAAAGAGAACUGCUCCCAAGUCCGAUGAUAUCUACCUCAAGCUCCUUGUCAAGCUUUACCGAUUUCUGGUGAGAAGAACUGGAAGCAAAUUCAAUGCAGUGAUUUUGAAGCGACUCUUUAUGAGUAAAGUCAACAAGCCUCCUUUGUCUCUCUCCAGAUUGAUUCAAUUCAUGAAGGGCAAGGAGGAUAAGAUUGCUGUGGUAGUUGGGACUGUCACCGAUGAUAUUCGUGUGUAUGAAGUUCCGGCACUGAAGGUUACUGCACUAAGGUUCACUGAGACAGCGAGGGCAAGGAUCGAGAAAGCUGGUGGCGAAUGUUUAACAUUUGACCAGCUUGCUCUUAGAGCACCUCUUGGACAGAACACGGUUCUCCUCCGAGGUCCAAAGAAUGCUCGUGAGGCUGUGAAGCACUUCGGACCAGCUCCUGGUGUGCCUCACAGUCACACCAAGCCCUAUGUGCGGUCAAAGGGAAGGAAAUUUGAGAGGGCUAGAGGAAGAAGGAACAGCAAAGGCUUCAGGGUUUGAGUUUGCAACUGUCCUCGAAGAAAAUUACUUAUCAACCUAUCAUCAUGAAAAUGGGGAUUUUCAGUUUUUUUUCUUUCCUGUUAUUUCUCUUCCAUGGAACAUUAUUAUAUUUGGGAAUCUUUUUUAGUUUUGUUUAUCAAGGAAAUUUUAGUGAUUGAACUUUCUUUUUUCUUUUGUUUGGAACUCUAUGGAUGAUUUAUGGGUUGCCAUUUGCCAUUAAAGAAUUAAAUAUCAAAGAGAUUUUUGUUGUUCCAUACCAAAUAAUGCAAGGAUUAGCUGAUAUGUCCAUCGGCGUUCGGCAUCGCAUUGUUUGCCCUUGGACGCUUAGAUUCUAGAUGUCUUGCAAGUAUUUUUCAAGUUGUUUUGGUCCCAGUGUCACCAAUGGUUAAACAUCUGCAGUAAGACAAGAUAAUU